GUAGUCCCGGAAGCGCCGCUCCGCGUCCCCUGAGGCAGCGUCCCGCUCCCGCCCAAGCGGCGGUUGCCGGGCGGCGCGGCCUGAGGCGGGAUGCGGCAGAAGAGGCCGAGGCCGCUCGCCUCGGCGGCGGGGGACUCCCGGCGGAGGGGAGGUGGGACGCUCCCUGGCGGGAAGGAAGGUGUCGGCGACGUUCCCGCUUCCACCGACCUGCCGCCGCUGGUGGAAGGCCCACUGCGCUGCUUCCUCCGCUGCACCGUCUCCCGGGUUCUAUGGACGGUCCCCAGGCCGCCCGCCGCCGCCGCCCUCGUCCGCCUGAGGUGGUGGGGAGAGACCUCGGACGGGACCGUGUUCCAGCCGGGCCGGCCCGGGGGGGGCACCGCCCGCUACGCCGUGCGCUGCGGGCCCCGGCAGUUCAGCGCGUACCUCACAGAUAUGGGUGUCCUUGUCUUGGAGGUAAUGACCAAACUUGACCGUCUUCCACUUGGCAGAGUGCAAAUCACCGGACUGUCCCAGCUCUCUCCCAGCCAUCCCAUUAAAGGUGUUUUCACCAUCGUUUCACCGACCUCUGAUAAACUAGGAGAGCUGCAGGUCUCACUAGUCCUAGAACCUCUACCAGAACUGUACGACACCAGCAGCUCUGUCCCAACCCCAGAUGCAAGUUUAGAUAUCGCUCCUGCGCAGGGAAGCAGCAAGUCCCCGUUUCUUGCUCCGUCACGGCAAACACGGGUGACGAUCACUGACCGAGAGUCUGUGAACAGUAGCAGAGCUACAAGUCCCAGAGGAAAGGACCAUUUGCUCCUUCGAGAGAACUCUGAAAACAUAAAGGACGCUCUUCCUGCUUCUCAUCGCCGUCAGAUUUUACCAGAGGAACAUUUGAAAGCGAAUCCUUCAAAGCAGCAAGUGUCGUUUCUCACCAGCGUCGAUUCAGAAGCACCUGCUAGAACAACCACGCGGGUCCUCUCUUUGCAUAACCCGGCUACACAAGACCUGCUUUCAGCUCUUUUAGAUCAAGGCAAUAAACUCCGUGAUGCAAUGGUUGUUUCUGCGAUGAAGUCCAGCCCGGACAUGGAGAUCGAACUGAAUGAAGUGCCUCGUUUUAUAGAGAGAGACGAUCUCAAAUCACCAGCAAAGAGCCCAAAAGGCUGGAGCUCAAAUUUUGUGCCCAAUCCUGAAGAUCUUCAGCUCUUUGCGUCCGAAGUCUCCGGUCAGGACCUGAACUCUGAAGAGAGAGCAAUACAGUUACUGUUGGGCAGUGCUGAUUUACCCCCUGUGCAGUUCUGGGAUCGGACAGGAUCCCUUUUGGAUUCGCUCUCUCUCGGGAGUGAGGUGUAUGACAGUGAACUCAACGAUCCCCAUUACGACCAGAGUCUGCUAGAGCAUCUUUUUUACACGAUUCCUAAAUCUGAUUCCAGUUUAAGUGAUUUCCUCAGUGAUGAUGAUAUUAACUCCCCCAAAAAAGUAACCAAGGCAGAAAGUCUCAAGAAGGCUGAUCCUAUGAAUCCGCAGAAGGAUUUUAAUGCCUUUGUUCGGGAUCAGAAGGUGACAGAUACUAAACCCAGACCGUUUGCUCCUCCAGAAGCUCACACAGAACCAGCUCACGUCGCAUCCUUGAGCGUGGACAGGUUGGCGUCGCUGGGCCGAAUCCACUUGGCCAGAGUAAUCGUUGACAGCUUGAAAAUCCCUCCUGACAGCAUCCAGAUCACCCCCAAAAAGAAAGGCUUGAUGGGGAAGCCUCCAAGGCCUAGUAAGUGUACCUUCUUUGUCGAGUUCCACUUCCCUGUGGGAGCCUCCAAGGAUGAAAAAGGACAAAUCUCCGUGACAACAGAAGUGACUCGAAUAGCUUCAAGUAAAAUCACAGAUGACGUGGUGACAUUUCAGCAGCGCUUUGUGUUCCCGCUCCGUUUCGGUGGGACGAUGACAGAGCACUGGUGGAGCUCUGACCUCGCUUUUAAAAUCUACAUGAGGAAAAGCACGCAGCAAAAGCCGGUGGCCGUUGGCUCAGCAGCCCUUUCAUUGCGCAAGGUGAUCGAGUCUGAGUUGCUCAGUGUCAGCUGUGAAAUACCUGUGGAGAAAGAGGGAGGUCAGACACAAAUUGGACCCCUGAAGGUGUCCCUAGAACUCGCAGCUGACAACAAAGACUUCACCCGCACGGCUGCCAGGUCAGCGAGGGCUGCGCAGCCCAUCCCAGCUCACGCCGUAAGAAGCCCCCGCCUGGAAUUCCAGGAGCCCACCAUGGAGAGCGUAAAUACCAAAAUUCCUCGCUGCUCAAAUCAUCGCGACUGUGAGGAUUUGCAGAAGGCAGGAGCCACCACCAUCAGCGUGAUACAGCCACCGCAGACCAUCCCAACCUCUGCAGCCUGUAACCUGACAACACAAUUCGCUGUUUCACAAGACGAUGGGUUAUUACUGCAUGUGCUGUUGAUGGUGCCUGAGGGAAAGGAUUUUGUUGUUGAAGGCAAUUCUUGUAACGUGUAUUUAAACUGCAAACUCCUCAGUGCCGAGGAGGCAACAAGAUCUUCUGUCGUAUGGGGCACAACACAACCUGCCUUUAAUUUUUCUCAGGUGAUGCCUUUUUCCUUGACUUCCAAACACCUGGAGCGCCUAAAGAACAACGUCAUGGUUAUUGAAGCGUGGAACAAGACGGGAAGCCCUGGCUGCGACAGGCUCUUGGGCUUAGUGAAACUCCCUCUGCAUCAGUUUUACAUCUCGUUCAAAGAUCCGAAGAUUUCCCACCUGCUUCUCCGAGCCCAAUACCCGGUGGUCGCCGUGGACAACUACAUGCCCGUCAUAGACGUCUUCACUGGCAACACAAGCGGAAGCCUGAGGGUCAUUCUGGCCAUGGGCUCGGCUGAUCAAAUAGUGACACUGCAAAGGCUAAAAAGCGAAGAAGGAAUGGUACCGCCCGUCACAAAGCGCCCUUUGCACUCUCUGGACCCUCCUCCUACGAAAACCGCAACGCAGUUUGCCCAAGAAGGGGAAGAGCUGAUGGAGCACGUGUUUGAGAUCCAGGUGGAGAGCGUGAAAGGACUCACUCCCUUGCAGUCCACUGUUUGGGGAGAGGCCGACUGCUACGUCCAAUAUUAUUUCCCGGUUCAAGAGCCUGGUUGUGAUGUGCUGCGGGGAACUGAAUUGCGUGAGGAUGGCAUCGGAUUGAAGCCGUUUCGCACAGCGACCACGUUGUGUGUCCCUGAUCCCGUCUUUAAUGAUGAGCAUCAUCAUUCUUUGGUGGUUCCUGCUGACGUCCCAGUCCAGAGGCUCCUGGUCGGUGCGUUUACAGCACCAGGAGGGGCUGGAGGAGGAAUCCAGUUUGAAGUCUGGUGCAGGUAUUAUUACCCAAAUGUCAGAGACCAGCUGGUCGCCAAAGGGACGCUGCCUCUGUCACGCCUGUGUGCCAUGGUCACCAUGCAGCAGCGGGAAGAAAUAGGGAUCCAGACUUUCAAUCUUCCCUUGGUCCCCAGGGCUGAUUCCCCAGAGGAAUUUAAUCUGCGAUCGUCAGGUUUGCUUGAUGUGAGUGUGAGAUACCAACGAUCCAUGAAAGCAGCGGCAGGAAGAACCGCUCGAGCUGUUUCUCUUUCUGUGCAGAUACACAGAGCAGCUGGUUUGCAAGCGGCAGCGAGAGCAGUGGCACAAAAGAACCCUUCGGUCCAGUACUACGCGGGUGUGGGAGUCAACGCUUACGUCUCCGUGCACCUCUCCUUCCUGCCCGAGACGCAGAGACGCAGCACACGAGCCGUGGCUCGGACCUUCUGCCCGGAGUUCGAGCAUCACGUCGAGUUUCUUUGUAACCUCAUCGUUCAGAGAAGCAGCGGAGAAGCCUCUUGUCUGGGAGAACUUUUGCAAUCGGCCAAUAUCGUCUUCUCAAUUUACCAUCAGAGCACCAAGUCAGCCAUGGAGACGCUGGCAGCUCGGACAUCAAGAGAUUAUCUUCUCGGGACAGUCACCGUUCCAACCAGAGACCUGCUGAGAAGAAGAUCAGGUAUUACAGGCUGGUACCCGGUGACCCUGCCUGAAGAUUUAACGCCCUCGCACUGCACCAACGUCACACAGGCCAUUGUGGGGGGGCUGGAACUUUCUGUCACCUUUGCUCAUCAGGACGACAGAGAACGCGUUUUGGAGGCCGCGAAGCUUUUAGGAUGGAGCGGCGAGGACCACGAAGACAGCGCAGACGACAGCGAGGAAUGGGAGCAGAGCGACAGCCCAGCCACUGUCACCAUCUCAACGCCAAGAGUCUGGCUGCCAGUUCACUGCGUCCUGCUCGCGGGCCAGACACACCUGGAUAAAAACACUUAUUGCUACCUCAGGUACAAGCUGUAUAAUCGAGAAGCCACGCGGACUUUGCUCAAGAGGCCAAAACUGAGUGAGGACGCCCAGAAUGUCACGGUGAGCUUUAAGAAACUGAACAGGGUGACGCUCAGAAGGAGCCGGGGGCUGCUGUGGUUCUUCAGGGAGGAGAAAUUAGAAAUCCAGGUGUGGUGGGCGUACGGGAAAGAAAAUGACGUGGAAAGACCGCUCGAUACAGAUCGUCUGAUUGGAUCUGCCUACGUGGACCUGGCGGCGUUAGCAGAGAGCUCAAGGACAACACUUAGUGUUAGUGGGGUUUAUCCGCUGUUCAGAUGCAACGCUGCCGACCUCGCAGGAGCGGCCGUGCGGGUCCACAUCGUCCUGUCUCCCACUUCUGCCGCUCCACCCAGUAGAAUUCCCUGUGCUGAGGAAUACAGCAACACUGAAGAGGAAAGCGCAGAGAAAUCCCCUGAGCCGAGCCUGGAAAUCCCUGAAAAUCCAACUCAAAAACUGGAUAUCCUGAGUCCAGAAAUCACCGGUGACAAACCACAAGAAGAUGACGUGAUAUUUCUGGAAAACACAGUUGCUGUCAAUAUCCUUGUGGAAAGAGCAAUGCAUCUGAGUUUAAAAGGGAGUCCUUUGACUGACCGUGAAGUCACAGCCCCCAGUAGCUGCGUCUCGUUCGCCGUCGCUGGCGCAGACGCUCCAAUAACCACUUCGAUAAUAGAAAAUACAGACUCACCCGUCUGGGACUUUCAACAACAAGCAAGAUUAUCCAAAGAGCUUCUGCUGGAUCCACAGCAAACCUUGGUCUUCAAAGUGUGGCAUAAAGCAGAGAGUGAGCGAGUGAUUGGAUUCGCCUCUGUGGACCUUUCUCCUCUUCUCUCCGGCUUCCAGCUCGUGUGCGGCUGGUACAACAUCACGGAUUUCAGCGGGCAGUGCCGGGGGCAGAUCAAAGUAGCCAUUUCCCCCCUUCAAAACCUAAAUCAUCUGAAAGAAGAAAAGCAGGCGAGGAUCCGGACCCGGCCACCGAGUCCUUCAGUUAAGCCCGGCUUUCCAACAUUUCCCAGUAACGCUACAAGCUUUUCCAAGCAGAUGGUGAAUACAUCAUCAAAGGAAAUCAGUGUUCCUACUCGUGAGCGGCCCGUUUGGAGCAGAACGAGUCCCUCCGGAUCCCCCGCGCUCCGUCACGAGGAGCACGUGCAGAACGUGCGCAGGUUCCACGAGUCCCUGCAGCGAGCGGAGGGGAACGCGCAGCGGGCGGCCAAGACGGACUCGGCGUCGCUCUCGUCACGCGCUGCUCUGCUCACUGCGCUCAGAAAGAACUUGAGCGAGCUGGAUGAGGUUCAAAGAUAUUUCAACCAGAAGCUGACCAGGUCUUUUCCUGACUUUGGUGAUGGUGACACGUCCAAACUGAGUCCCAGGGAGCAGAACGAUCAUCGCAGCUCGAUGAGCCGAGAAGUAGAUCCCAACUCGCACCAUCUUUUGGAAAAAUCUAGUCAGCUGGUGUCCCAGGUCAGCAGCCUCAUCAACGACUUACAGAUUAUAACUAAAAAUACUAAAGAAUCCUCCAACGUGCCUCAAGACAGCAGCAGAAAGCUGGAUGCUACGCGUGUACCCGAGCAGAAGGAUGAAGAAGCCACAAGUGAAGAACAUCAAGGCCAAUCUGAGCGGGACUCGCUCGGCGUUUGCAGCAACACGCGGCCACCGCGCUCUUCUGGGAGAUCCGUGUUUGAGAGACACAUGUUGCGCGAAUUUCUAGACCCAGCUGUCCCCGAAGACGAGUGUCCUUUGCCAACAGGCCUCGUCCGGGAAGACGAAGGUGCUUUUUCACACAGCGAAGAAGAAUAUGAAGAAGAUAUAAUAGAACCACGGACUCUGAACGAAAUAACGACUGUCACGGACAAAACUAGUCCUUGGUCCAGUGUGGUGUCUGAAGAGGAGACGGGUCCUGAGCAGCAGCUCGUAGAUUUGGGGCCUGGACAUCAGCGCUCGGUGGGUAUCGAAUGCUUGAGAAGAGGAGGCAGCAGACAGAGCAGCUUCUCCAGCGCGUCACAAGGUGACAACCAAAGCGUUGUCACCACCCUCAGCCCAUGCGUUGGUCUCCACACAGGUGAGGAAAGUCCUUGGGCAGGAGCACAAUGUUUUCAGAGCUUGAACAGUGGCACAGAACCAGAAAAUGGAAGUUGUGACUGUGACAGAGCAUUUAACGCCACAUCUGUAGACCAAAACGUCGAGUUUCGUGCAGUCUCUGAAGAACUGAUGGGAUUUCCAGCAGAUCCAAAAACCACAGAAAAAGAGGAAAAAGGUGAGGUUGUAAAUAAAGAUCGUAAAGACGAGGAAGAAAGGGGUUCCAGUGAGAUCAGCGUUACCAUGGCAGGAUGGGGAGGAAACACCAAAAGCUUUGCUGAUGACAGCAGCGAAGACUCACUGGAAGCACCAAAAAAGUCUGUCAAAGCGAAAAUUGCUUUAUCCGACGCCGUCGUCGUUCCCAACUUCUUCCUUUCGCCCCAGCAGAUGGAAACCUCCAUGCGGCUGCUCAGUGUUUCUUCUCAUCCUUCCACAACGUUGCAAGGCAGCAGCGGAUCCGCGCCGAGGGGCAUCCCGUACCGCCGGCCCCCGCCGCCCCGGCCCGCCGCCCGUCUGUCCCAAGAGGAAACCGAACGCAUCGCCAAGAUCUUCUCCGCUCAGCUCUCCCAGAAGGAACAACAUCGCUGAGACGCCGCGACCAACACCGGGGAAAACGAGGUGGAACCUUUACGUUUCAACCUCCCAUUGUGUUUAAAUUUGCCUCAUUGGUUUCUCGUUAGAGGGACUGGUGGUCAACCCAAGGGAGCGGAGACACCGUGUGUCUUGCGAGGGCAGGUCCCCAAUGAGACUCGUCACUGUUUGGUCUCCAGAUACUCCAUGAUUCACCUUGAAUUUCUCUAAUUAACCCUUUGGAUCAUCCCCUUUGGAUACAGCUCCUUUUUCUUCAAGCGAAGGAUGGAGAACACAAGGAACUGGUGGUCGCAGGGCGAGCGGAGAACUGUCGGCUCGCUCCUGUCGCGGCUUUUCAGAAAUAACCGGUAGGAAAAAGAAUUCCUUGGAAAUAAUAAUUCCUGGGAAGCGUAAUUUGCCGAUUCCAGAAUAUACAUGCCCGAGGUGCUUGUGUAAAUACAACCUGAGGAUACUGUAAAAUACUGAUGUGUGUACAAAAGGGUUUUAAUAGAAAGAUGGAGCUUUUAUAUUCUAAAUUAUUUUUGUAUGUUUUUACGUCGGGUACAUUUUGGAUAACGGACUCGCAAACCCAGCUCGGUUGGUUUUUGUACCGCUGUUUGUGUUUCAAUAAAAUCCACCCUGUUUCUCA